AUGGGAAUCAACGACCACGACACGUUCACCGGGCUCGCGCCGCUGCACAAAGCCGCGGCGGACGGCGAUCUCGAAAAAGUGAUCGCGCUGCUCGACGACGGCGCGGAUGGGAACAUCAGGGCUAAUGCAGGGAAGACGGCGGCGAUGUUUGCCGCGAGCGGUGGACACGUGGACGUGCUGAAGGCGAUGCAACGCGGGCCGUCGUUGCUCGAUCUCACGGCGGAGGACGGCGGGACGCCGGCGAUGAGCGCGGCGGCGCACGGAUUCGGCGACGUGCUGCAGUUGAUCAUCGAUAAGAAGUGCAACUUGAACGCGCAGGAUGAGGAUGGGUGGACGGCGCUCAUGUACGCCGUGUGCGCGGGGAACGUGGAAAACGUCGCGAGACUGGUCGCGGCGGGCGCCGACGUCAAGAUUAAAAACAAGGAUGGCGACGACGCGAAGAAGCUCGCGACGGGGAAGAACAAGGAUAAGCUUCUGGCCGCUUUGAGGGGUAAACUUGACUCUAUCGGUGAGGGUAAGGGAGGCAAGAAGGGAUGCGUCAUCAUGUAA